AAUCGUACCCCAUUCGGCUUUCUCUCUCUCACACUUUCUCUCUCUCUCUCACACUCUCCCUCUCCAUUCCCCUCUUGUUUGGUUAACAGGACCUGAAAACCCGUUGCGGUGACUGCUGUCAGUGUUUGGGAACCAACGUCUGAAGAAACUUCAGCUGAAGGACGUUUGAGCCAAUACCCAGUAAUCAUGGUCAAGGCUAAGACGUGGAUCCUGUCCAAGUACUUCGACGGCUUCCCAAAGCCCAGCAACUUUGAGCUCAAGGUGGAGGAGGUUCCCGAGCCAAAGGAUGGAGAGCUGAUAUUAGAGGCAGUGUUUCUGAGUGUGGACCCGUACAUGAGGCCCUUCAGUAAGUUUCGUUUGAAGGAAGGUGAAGUGAUGAUCGGGACUCAAGUGGCCAAGGUGGUCCAAAGUAAAAACCCAGCAUUUCCUGUGGGGAGUCACGUUGUUGGCCGUGGUGGUUGGAGGAGUCACUCACUGAGUGACGGAUCAGACCUGGUUCCCAUCAUGGCCGACUGGCCUCAGGGCGUCUCCAUGUCACUGGCUCUGGGAACCAUCGGCAUGCCCGGACUCACGGCGCUGUACGGGAUCGAGGAGGUCCUGGCACUGAAGGAGGGUGAGACCCUGCUGGUGAACGCUGCGGCUGGAGCUGUAGGCUCUGUGGUGGGCCAGAUCGCUAAGAUCAAGGGCUGUAAGGUGGUGGGCUCAGCAGGCUCUGAUGAGAAGGUAGCCUUCCUUAAGGAGCUGGGCUUCGACGAGGCCUUCAACUACAAGACGGUUGGUUCCCUGGAGGAGACGCUGAAGAGGGCCUCUCCAGACGGUUAUGACUGCUACUUUGACAACGUGGGAGGACAGUUCUCAGACGUAGCCCUGCAGCAGAUGAAGCAUUUUGGAAGAAUAGCUGUGUGUGGAAGUAUCUCUGUGUACAACGACACCACUCCACAGACAGGGCCGUACCAACAGUUGACUAUUAUCAUGAAGGAGCUGAAGAUGGAAGGCUUCAUGCAGUCCCGCUGGGGAAACAAACACCCUGAGUCACUUAGGAGACUGAUGGGAUGGGUGAAGGAGGGCAAACUGCUCAGUCGUGAACACAUCACCAGGGGCAUUGAGAACAUGCCGGCUGCUUUCAUGGGAAUGUUUCGAGGAGAGAACAUCGGCAAAGCCAUCGUGGCUGUGUGAUGAUGAAACCUGGAUAAAGCGGUUCCCGGC